AUGGAGAGUGAAACCGUCGGAGGCAAGGGCACGGACCUCCAGCGUUUGCUGGCGAGCUGCUGUAGGGUAAACCGCAAGGCUAAAAUGGUGCUAGAGCUUCUUGGAUUUCGAUCGGCUGCAGCUCUGCCGCACCACCUGCAUGCAGCUGUCUUACAAGUUCUGCUUCUGGGCUCUUUAGGCCCCUUUAGCGCGAAUCCCCCAAGCCCAGCUACAGCAGAAGCCCUUGCAGAAUCGACAUCGGGAGCGCCUCAACUGUUGCCUCUACGGAGCGAAGGAUGUGCCAUUCAGUGCCUCUUUGCUGCAUGGCUUCUGAAGACCAGCAAAUGGCUCAAGGCCUCGCGACUACGUUAUGUAGUGCUUCUGGCUGUAUCACAUGAAGCUCCCUCUGCGAAGCAAGAACAUGUGUUUGCCGACACCAGCAGAAGUGGUCGGGCACUUUCAGCUUCACAAGCUGGCCGACACUCACGAGGCGCAUCGUCUGGGAUGGCAGAGAUGCAGCAGCAACAGGAAGAGGGGAGGAUUCCCCUGCACUUGUUGCUCGUUGCCUUCAAAGCUCCCCAGGAACCUCGUCUAGGAGAAGGUGGACACGCAGUCGAUGCCAGAAUGCUGCAGAGGCUGGAACCAUCAGAGGCCUUUACCAUUGCCAACACGCACAGAGCGCUGUGCCGGCGCGUGCCCUACGGAAAGACCACUCAGCUCGUCCUAGCUGUUGAAGGUCUGGGCGGCCGCCUGCUUGUCCUGGGGCAACCGUCGUACAGCACGACGGUUUCGUCGCCUGGAAUGACUAAUCAGGUCACUGGUUCAUCUCCGUUAGAGCAUCUCGCUCAUCUAGUUAACACGAUGGCGCCAUUCUGUGGCCCCCCGAGGCCUUCACGGUGGCGGGGCUUGCUCCAGCUCUUUGCAGCCGCCGUAGCUGCCGAUGGUUUGGAUUCCCCUGCAUCACUACCCGUAUUUGUCUAUAAUGGUGCGAAGAGCGAAGCGCGACUUAAGCGGCGUCAGAGGCCCCUGCAGGAGACCACCGGUGCGGUAGAGGAGGUGGCUUCUGACCACAUUGCUGCAUUCCCCCAAACAGCCUUGUCAGCACUACCACGUAGGGUUUCCUUGGUGACGCUACUGGUUAGAUGCACUGUAGCUGCCUGCUGCGCGCUCUGCCGCCCCUUGACUCUGAUAAUGAGGCUCCCUGCCACUGCGGAUGCGGUGUCCCCGACGGAGGGCCCACGGUUUGGUGAUGCAGCCCGGGCUGUGUCGAUGGCAGACUGCAAGACAUGCAGCUUGCUUCCAGAUAACCGCGAUAAAGAUCAAUGUAGCAGCAAAGGCUGCGCAUUUCACAGCUCAUGGGCGGUGCAUAACACAAGGAUGAGCCGUGGCCCCUCCUUUCAUUGGAAUGCCCCUUCAGAUCUUCCCCAUCACCAGCGGACACUCAGGCAGCUCAUUGACGAAGAGCAGAUCGCGCUCGCCUCACUCGCGUUGCGGGAACGCUGCCAUAAGGUAGCGCUACUGCAACAGGAGCAUCAGAUGCUGUAUCAGCAAUCCUCGAGGGCUCCUAUGGACGAGCGAGGCCAGCUCUUUCCGCAGGUGUGUCUUUGCCAGCACACAACUUGGUUUCUGCCACUUUACCUAUUGAAACGCAUCCUGAUGUCACAGACGCUGCGCCGCCUAAAAAACUUGCCAUCGGAAAUAAUGUUUAGCGUCUACCCUGUUGUCGAUUGUGUGCAUGCAAAUCCAGGCUCGCCGCUGGAUAAACGCAACGGAGAGGCAAUUGUUGAUGCUGUGCUUUGCGGGGCGCCAGUGUAG